CUUCCCUCUCUCCUCUCUUCCAGAUCAUGGCUUUGGCGUUUUUCUUCGCCUUGUUGGCGCAGAGAAUACCAUUAGUUGGUGAUUUGGAUGUGGACACGCUUGACCGCAUGCAGCAGCGUGAGGUGUAUCUGCAAGAGCAGAUGACAAAGCUGCUGCUGGAGACAGAAGAGAAGAACAUGGCGCUGAGCAUGGGCACUCAAGCCCUGCUUCGCUGCUUUGUUUUUUGUCUUCCCAUCCUUCUGUAUUUGUUCAUGUGGAUGAUCUAUUCAAAGUUCUAUAGAGCUGAAGACACCGGUGAUGAGAGCUCCAGCAGUGAGAAGGAGCAGGAGGAGGAGGAGGAGGAGGAGGAGGAGGAGGAGGAUGACGGUGUCUUUUCUCUCGAUGUGUUCUGGACAGUCCGAAGCCAUCAAGAGGACUGUGAACUGAUGUACUCGCUGAUGCGUGGCGUCAUGGAUAUAUGCCAAAGUAUGGUAUCAGAUACUUUCUAUCCAGUGCCAGAGCGUCUCAUCAAGGUGGGCAGUACCUUCGAAGGCUGGUGUCCCGUUAGAAACGUACCUGUCUUCAGCCUGCUUGUGCCCCUGUUGCCCCCCCGUGGGCACACUUUCCACCUGGAUCUGGGCACCACAGGGGAGGUACCAGCAACGGACUCCCGUAUCCGUGUAGAGCUGGAAUGCACGUGCGAGAGGGAGCAGGAGAUGCGCAUGCUGUGCUUCCUCCACACCCCCGCCAAAGAGCUGAAAAGUCAGCAGCCCAGCCUCCUGCACAGCCUCUGCACUACGUCCUACUUAGACGCGGAGAAGACUGCCCGCUGCUUCCAGGAGCUGAUCAAAAACGCCUGGCAACGCAUGCAAGUCUCAGAGUUCACCAUGGAGAUAGACACGGUGAAGUCCAGGCGCUCCUGCAGGCUUCAUGUGAGAGAUGUCAACAAAAGAAUCUUCUACGUUGAGUUUGUGUUUGGCGUCCAGCAGGAUGAUACAGACAUCUUUCUGAGCAGCCAUGAGAUAGUGUUUCGUCAUACCCCCAGCACGGUCUGGCCACAGAGCUGUGUUGUGGCAGAGAAAAAGUUCUUGCAGUAUGUAGCCAACCACCCCCGGGGGGGCAAAUUCUACCUCAGAUAUCUGCAACUGUGUGGCUAUCUCAUGGCGAGCCUCAAGUUUACCAUCUAUGACAUGAAGACAGUGAUCAUGCACCUCCUGAAUACCAUUCCUUUGCAAAGGUGGCACGGGAGGAGUUUCCUGCUGCGGAUGGAUGACAUCUUGAACUACCUGUGCUGCUGCGUGGAGGAGAAACGCCUGGACCACUUCAUCGUAGGAAACAACUCGUUGCCUAAGGAGAUUAUCUUGCCAAAAGAGUUCCGAGCUUCCCCACCGCUCAACAUGUUCCAGCACCUGGAGGAGGAACCGGACAAAUACGAGCGGGCGCAGCACGAUUUGGAGGAGCUGCAUGAUCGGUUGACAACCACGCUGCUCUAUGGGAGAUGAGAGACACGCACUGUCCCACGGACGAGCACGCAGGACAUGAGAGGACACUGCUCAGUAGGCACUGGGAAUUGCCCCGAGGUGUUUUCUGUGAACUGGGGCAGCCAUCUCCUAUGGGAUAAAGAAGGUUGUUGUAUUUCUAAUAAAUGGCAAAAGUCAACAAUAACUUGAGCCAGACCUAUACACUCACAAUCGCCCAGCCCUCACAUGUCACCAGUCUUGGUUACGUGGGAAAACUGUUGUGUUGCGCGGCUGUAAAAGAUGGUAAGCACUUAAAGUCUUUUCUUCCGCACCAAAGCGAAGGAGUCAGCAGCUCUUUCGAGCUUGAGGCCCUCUUGCAACAAUUGGCACCCAAACAGGGACACGGGAAAGAGAACGAACAGGGACCUGAAACUAAACCUGACUUGAAGACUGGCCGGUCUGGAGUGCGUUGAGCAAAACGCGGAGCACGCUGAGACAAGCGUGGCAGGUGCUGAGAAGCGCAGCAGGCGUUGAGAAAAACCCUGGGCUCUCCCUUGUGCUGACAGUUGGCAGUCCCAUGGAGGAGAAAGGGCAACUGGAGAUUACUCAGAUGGAGGGACGUCACCUGCUCAGGCUGUAGGCUGGCACCAUUCAUACUGCUACCCUGGGACAACACAGUACUGCCUUUCAUGCCAAUCCCUAAAAUCCUGUACAAGGAAAAUUCACCUUUUCCUUCUGUUUUU